AUGGUCACCAGGGUCUCGGCACCUGUCCUUCCUACGUAUAGCUCAAUACUGACAAUCCUACAGGCAUGCGAUACAUGCAAAAAGAAGAAGAUACGUUGUGAUAUAUCCCGAGAUAGUUGUACUCAAUGUAUAAAGUCCAAUAUCCCCUGCACCUUCAGCCCAAUCAAGGCGAAGAAGGGCCCGAGGAGACCACCAGGAUACAAGCAUGUGGAAAAGCUUGAGGAGAGACUGAAGAGGAUGGAAGCUAUGCUGCAGAGCGAAUUGAGGAGUCGGCCCGCUGCAAGCGACGUGGAAGGAGAACAGUCCGACGCGGAUCUACCCAUUCCAGCACACUUACCCUCGGCCGCCGUUUUACAUCACAGACCUUUAGAUUGGUCACUCACAGGAGCCUCUCCAGUAAACCCCAGCCGAGAAAUCAAGUCACUCCCAGGACGGGAUGAAGCCCAACUCCUGAUUCAAGAAACCUUCUCAAGCUUCAACUCGGCGUUUCCUAUCUUCGACGCUGCAACUUUCCAGAAAGCCUUCGAGUCGAGCUAUGAAAAUAACAAUCACGAUACCCCGGCCUGGCGGGCAUGCCUAAACGUAGCUUUCGCCCUCGCACAUCGCUUCCGCGCUAUGAAGACUGGGAACAGCAAAACAGAAGACGUUCACGCCUGUGGCUAUCUUCAAAACGCUUUGGCUUUAGUAGGAGAGCUCUCAAUGCUCACAAACGAGCUCAUGGCUGUGCAAGCACUGCUUGGCAUGGCUAUCCUGCUGCAAGGAACGCCGAAUCCAGAGCCAGGCUCGAUUCUGAUAUCGAUAGCAGUAAAACUUGCACAGGGCAUGAAGCUCCAUCGGCGGGGCCACCAACUUGGGAUCGCCGCUGCUGAGAUGGAACAGAGAAAGCGUGUCUUCUGGCUUGUGUAUAUCUAUGAUAAGGAUAUCAGCAUACGUACACAUAAUCCUCCAGCUCAAGACGAUGACGAUAUGGAUGUCGACCUACCUAUCGAGACCAUCGAUUUACACCACGACCGUCUUAACGAGGUCAAUUUCUAUAAUAAUCAUAUUGGAAUGUCUAUCAUUCAAGGACAAAUCUACAAGCAACUCUUAUCGACACGAGCCCAGAAAUCCCCGGAGAUCGACCGAUUGCGCACCUACGGCACCGCGAAAGAAUUGGUCACUACGCUAGAAGCCUGGAAGCAAAGUAUUCCAUGCAUGCUUCUCAUCGAAAAAUUCAACACUACACAUGAAGCGCCUAGCUUUUUCAUCUUGCUACAUAGCGUUAUUUUGAAGUUCACCUAUUUUCACGCGUUGGAUACUGUGCGUCGCCUAGCUCACACAGCCGAUCUCGAUGCGUUGUGUCUUGUACAGGCGCGAGAGUCGAUGCAGCUUCUCCAGCUACUACCGCAGGGUGACUUUGCUCACGUUUGGCUCCUUCUAGAUAUUAUCACAUCAGCUUGCACUCUCAUGCUGACACAUGCUAUUUCUGGUCCAACAACUACACAACAUGAGCUAAAAGAUUUAGAGCUGGUGGAACCUGCGUUCACCUUGCUAAAUUUCCUCAACGAUACCUCAAGGGCUCAAGAUGUGGCGAAGAUGGCGGAGUCCCUCAGAGCUUUAAAGAGAGAAGCAGAGGUGGCUAAAAACGCUGCAGAGAAGCAUGUUCGUGUUGAUGAGGUGCCUGGAAUAGGAAGUAAGAGCAUACUAUCAUUGGAAGAAUUUGUUGGGAGAAUUCAGGAGCUGAGCUCAAAGAGAUGUGCGGAAUUUCGAGUAACAGGACUUCGCGGUGAGUGA